CACAUUUUAAUCUAGUUGGUAUGAAUCAACAUAUUUUUUUAAUAUUUAAGGAAAUUUUAUUUUAUAAUGACUAUUGUAAACAAGUUUUUAGGACUUUCUUUGAGAGGAGAUUAUCUAUCAUAUUCGUUAAUAUUUAACAAUUCUCUCCACAAUUUAGGCUCAAUUGACAUUAAAUCCUCUUCUUCAGACCAUUUUUCUAAAAUUAACUCAGUUUUAUCAAUUAUCAAGUCCGAAGUCGAUAAAGAAGAUUCCACUUCUCUGGAUUCUACCAACAAUAGUAGCUGGAAUGUCGGAAUUUAUCACGAUCCAGUCCCAAAUAAACAUAAUUUUGACCAGAAUAAGUUCUACAAAUUCUGUAGGCUCAAGACCAUUAUAGAAUGUUCUUGUUGUUCUACUCUAAGUACUUCUCCGCUUACCAUUGAAACGUCUGAGCUCUGUAAAACUAUCGCAAAGGUAUCAAAUUCUAAAAUUUCUGACAUUGAUGGAGUUGUAAAUUAUGCUUCAUCAGUUUUAUCAAAGUUUAUCACUUCUCCUUUAACAACGCAGUUUAACGGUAUUGCCACUUCGUGGGCUACUGCAUUGUCAUUAAAGAGGAGGCACAGUCUUGAUUCUCUCGUUUUAUCUGAAAAUGAUACUUUGAAAAUCCAAGCCAGACUCAAAAAUGACAAAGUUGUCAAUGAUCUAAUAACUAAUAUUGAACAAACUAAAAAUGACAAAAGUCGUUUAAAAAAUGCACUUGAGAGGAGAGUUCACAAGCUAGUACAGGACUAUGUGGAGAAUAUAGUCCAGUUCGUUGAAUGACUGGAUAAAUCAGUUUCCGUACUUUUUCUUCCUUACGAAGUCGUCCUUUAUAGUCGCUUUAAAUGAUAUAAUGUUAACCUUACUGUCCUUCAUCAGGAUGUCAGUAUGUACAAUAAA